GUAGUUUUUCAUCUUGUCACACCACUAUAAAAUGCAUACCAACAUUCUUUUAGCACCAAAAUCAAUAUUUUUUUCUCUUGCAAUUCAACAAAUAAGCAUUCUUUUAGUACCUUAAUUUUCACCCAAGCCCUUCUUUUAGUACCAAAAUCAAUAUUUUUUUUUUCUUGCAAUUCAACAAAUGGCCAUUUUGCCUCAUUUUCUUGCGAUACCAUUUCCAGUUCAAGGACAUGUGAAUCCCCUAAUGCAAUUCUCUCAAAUUCUAACUAAAUAUGGUUGCAAGGUCACUUUUCUACAUACUGAAUUCAGCCAUAAACGAUCGAACACUGACGAUUAUCAAAACGACAAAAUAAAAGUGGUGACACUCCCAGAUGGAUUGGAAUCUAAAGAUGAUAGAAGUGAUAUAAAGAAAGUUAUGUUAUCAAUUAAAAGUACCAUGCCAAAUAAACUUUCAAAGCUUAUAGAAGAUAUUAAUGCUUUGGAAGUCGAUAAUAAUAAUAAGAUCAAUUGUAUUGUUGUUACAUUUAAUAUGGGUUGGGCUUUGGAAGUGGGUCAUAAAUUGGGAAUCAAAGGUGCUUUACUAUGUCCAGCGUCUGCAACUUCUUUGGCAUGUGCUGUUUGCAUACCUAGACUGAUCGAGGAUGAGAUUAUUGAUUCUGAAGGAAAUCCAACCAAACAACAAGAAAUUCAACUCUCUUCAAAUAUGCCUAAGAUAGACACUGCAAACUUUCCAUGGAGAGCCCAUGAUAAGAUCUUAUUUGAUCAUAUUGCACAAGAGAUGCAAACCAUGAAAUUAGGACAAUGGUGGCUUUGCAACACAACCUAUAAUCUUGAGCAUGCAACAUUUUCCAUAUCACCAAAGUUCCUCCCACUUGGCCCAUUUAUAGAAAAUAAUAGCAACAAAAGUUCAUUUUGGCAAGAAGACACAACUUGCAUAGAUUGGUUAGAUAAACAAGCUCCUCGAUCCGUCAUAUAUGUUUCCUUUGGUAGUUUGGUAGCAAUGGAUCAAAAUCAAUUUAAUGAACUAGCUUUAGGACUUGAUCUCCUUAACAAGCCUUUUCUUUGGAUCGUUCGUCCGAAUAAUGACAACAAAGUAAACUAUGAAUACCCUAAUGAGUUUCUUGGAACACAAGGAAAGAUUGUUGGUUGGGCAUCACAAAAGAAGAUAUUGAACCACUAUGCUAUAUCUUGUUUUAUUAGUCAUUGUGGUUGGAAUUCAACCAUUGAAGGUGUAUAUUGUGGUGUACCUUUUUUGUGUUGGCCAUUUGCUGGGGAUCAAUUUAUUAACAAGUCAUAUAUUUGUGAUGUGUGGAAGGUUGGACUUGAAUUAGUUAAGGAUGAAAAUGGAUUUAUAUCAAAGGAAGAGAUAUGGAAGAAAGUGGAACAAUUGCUUGGAGAUGAAGACAUAAAAGAAAGGUCAUUGAAACUAAAGGAAUUUACAUUGGAUAACAUAGUAGAUGAUGGUCACUCUUCAAAGAAUCUCUUAAAUUUCAUCAAUUGGGCCAAGUAAUAAUAAUUUAAUAGCUGUUUGAUAGAUGUAUUAUGGUUUUUUUUCAAAAAUAAAAUCAAACAUAUGCCAAGUUAAUAAUAUAAAAAUUUGUACGUUCAACAAAUUUUUAGUUAAUUAGAAAAUCAUUUUGACUAAUUCCACAAAUUAAUUCUACCUGAUGUGUUAUUAUAGAUAGAUGGGUAAUGUUUGGAGUGUUUCGUACAAAUUAAUUACUUCUA